UUUCUAUUAAAAAAAGAAAGACUUGACAAAGUCGUCUUCUCUAAUCUCUAAUAUGAAGUUCUGGUGCUCCUUCCUCCAAUAAGGCAAUAAUGCAGAUCCAUAAACCGUACUUUUUAUUUUACAGUUGACCGAACUCUUCUCCAGUUCUCCAAUAUGAAUUUGCUAGGCUAAAAUUUAGGAGACUGGUUAUGGAAGCAAGCACACAUCCCAAUAUCCCAUGAUGUUGGUAACCGAAACCUGAAAUUUAUUCGUUUCCUCUUAUUAUAUAGUCAAUUCGGAAAAGGCUGCAAGUUGUACAAUUGGCAUUGUGUAGGCUUCCAUGGAUAAAGAAAAGCUCGCCGGGGCUGUAUUGGGGUUCGUGCCAAUCGUAUAUGAAUCUGGUAGACGUUUUAUCGAGGUUGACAUGAAGCGUGCUGAGCUCCAUAAUGUACAACUGGAAGUGAAAAGAAAAGUGGAAAACAUGGAUGAUAUAGCAAGAACUGAGGAGCAAAAACCUGGGAAGAAGCGCAAGAAUCUAUUGGAUGCCUACUUCAAGCAAGCAGAAGCGUACACAAUGUCAGCACAGAAGGUGUUAGAUGGAAGCCAGGAAGGGCAGUGUAUUGUGAAGCGUAUGAAGUGGGUGCCGAGCAUUGAGAGACACCACAAGGAAGGGGAGGAGCUUGUAAGCAAGGCCAACCAAAUGCUAGAGGAUGGCCUGACAUACGAUGAGGUUAGAACGCGUGGCGAGAAGUUACCUUUGGAAGAGAAUCAGUACAUCUGUGAGACUGUUCGUGGGCUACGGGAUACAACAUUCAGAGACAUGAAAGAAGGCAAUGUGAAAUGCAUUGGUAUUUAUGGUAAUCCGGGAGUUGGAAAGACUAAUCUCAUGAAGCACCUCUACAACAAAGUCUAUGAUGAUGAUGAAGGUUUCAAGGCUGUUUUUUGGGCUACGGCACCUAAAUUUGAGAAUGAUCCUAGAAAGUACAACCAAGCCUUGCAGAAGUGUGUGGCAGAUGGGAUGUGGGUUGAUUUAGGAAACAAUGUUGCUCACGAUGAGGCAAGAACUGCAGGAAAGUUAUUGGCAAAACUCCAUGAAAUUGGCUCAGACAAGCCAUCAGUUUUCUUCUUGGAUAAUGUGACACAGGAGUUUCCAUCUUAUGAACUUCUAGGCAUACCUUCUCUAAUGACUCCAGAAAAUAGUGAUGCGAAGUGCAUCCUUGUGUUUAGUACAUUGUCCAAAGACGUGUGUAACAGGAUGCAGUGCGACCGUACUCUGAAGAUGGACUUACUAGAGAAGAAAGAAGCAGAGGAGUUGUUCUUGUAUGAAGUCAGAAACAGAGAUAUUAAUGAACAUCAGCUCUCGAAUAGUGAAGAACGAAGGAUCCAAGAGGAAGCAGUAAAAGUGGCAAAUGAAUGUGCAAGAAUGCCGCUGGCUAUCAUCAUCAUAGCGCGGUCCAUGGUUGAUGUUAAAGAUCUUCCGGAAUGGAGAAACCUGCUAAAUGAGCUGACAGGGACCAUUAGCAGCAUCCAUGAUGAGGAAGAUAAGAUACUGGAGCAGCUCAAACUUGGGUAUGAUUGUUUAAAAGAUAAUACUGUCCAGCGUUGCUUUCUCGUUGCUGCAAAUAUGUUUGCCAAGGAAGAUCAGCAGAUUACUGGUCAAGAUAUUAUAAAAGAGUGGAAGAAGCACAAGCUAAUUGGUAUAGACAGAGCAGCUAAGUUUGUGGAUGAUCAGGGUCAUACUGUUCUGAAUCAGCUUGAGAGAAUGUGUUUGAUUCAAGUUGCAUCAAACAGUCAAAUUGUGACUAUGAACAAGUGGAUAAGGAAGAUGGCAAACAAGGUUACUCAACCUGUUCGUUGACGGAAACCGAGUCCAUCUCAAAUAUAUAUGUGUUAAGACAAGAAUUUCUGGGACUUUUUUUAACAAUAGAUAUGAUUUCAAAAACUCUUCCAAUUUUGUUAGUUUAUUUCUGUUGCAAGUGUUGAAGACUGUUUAUUUUGGGCCAACAACAGUUUGUUUAAUGUGAAACAUCCUUCUCUUUGUGUACGUGCUUGUAUUUUAUAGGAUUUUUUUUUGGUUUUGACUAUC